AGACGUUCCGGGCGUUUGCUUUUUCCUCCCCCUCCCGUCCCCCAACCCCCGCGCCCUUCAUCCGCUCUCAUUGGCUGCUCUGCUGCCCUGAUCAACCCUCCAACAGAAAGACCAGGAUCCAGUCAUAUCUCAAUGGACCCCAGGGGCAUCUUGAAGGCAUUUCCCAAGCGGAGGAAAAUUCAUACCAGUCCAUCAUCAAAAGCACUUGCAAAGAUUCCCAAGAGGGAAGAUGGAGAAGAAGCAGGAGAGUGGCUGAGCUCCGUGCGGGCACAUGUUGUGCCCACUGGCAUUGGGCGAGCCCGAGCAGAACUCUUUGAGAAGCAGAUUGUCCAGCAUGGUGGCCAGCUAUGCCCUGCCCAGGCCCCGGGGGUCACUCACAUUGUGGUGGAUGAAGGCAUGGACUGUGAGCGAGCCCUGCGCCUCCUUAGACUGCCCAGGCUGCCCCCAGGUGCUCAGCUGGUGAAGUCUGCCUGGUUGAGCUUGUGCCUGCAGGAGAGAAGGCUGGUGGACACGGCAGGAUUCAGCAUCUUCAUCCCCGAGAGGUACCUGGAUCAAGCACAGCUCAGCAAGGCAGGCAAUGACUCCUCUACUUCCCCUGGAGCCCGUGAGACUCCGCUCAGGACAGCCCUCUCUCCUCCCUCUCCUCCCACCAGACCUGUAUCUCCUUCUGAGAGGACAGAGGAGUUUGCGAGCAUCCAAGCACAGCCCGGCUCUGAUGGUGACACCAGUGAUGGGGAAGAGACCCAGGUUAGUGCAGCUGAUCUGGAAGCCCUGAUCAGCGGCCGCUACCCCACCCCCCUUGAGGAAGAUGGAGAGCCUAGCCCAGCCCCCAAGGGCCUGGAUAAGUGGGUCUGUGCACAGCCUUCAAGUCAGAAGGCGACCAACCACAACCCCCACAUCACAGAGAAGCUGGAAGUGCUGGCCAAAGCCUACAGUGUUCAGGGAGACAAGUGGAGGGCCCUGGGCUAUGCUAAAGCCAUCAAUGCCCUCAAGAGCUUCCACAAGCCUGUCACCUCCUACCAGGAGGCCUGCGCUAUACCCGGGAUUGGAAAGCGGAUGGCUGAGAAGAUCCUAGAGAUUCUGGAGAGUGGGCACCUGAGGAAGCUCGACCACAUCAGCGAAAGCGUGCCUGUCUUACAGCUCUUCUCCAACAUCUGGGGAGCUGGAACCAAGACUGCCCAGCUGUGGUACCAUCAGGGUUUCCGGAGCCUAGAAGAUAUCCGAAACCAAGCCUCUCUGACUACCCAGCAGGCCAUUGGUCUGAAGCAUUACCAUGACUUCCUGGACCGCAUGCCCAGGGAGGAGGCUUCAGAGAUCGAGCAGACAGUCCGGGAAGCAGCUCAAGCCUUCAACCCCGGGCUGCUGUGCGUGGCCUGUGGUUCGUACCGACGCGGAAGGGCAACCUGUGGUGAUGUGGACGUGCUACUCACCCACCCGGACGGCCGGUCUCACCAAGGCAUCUUCAGCCGCCUUCUGGACAGCCUCCGGCAGCGAGGGUUCCUGACGGAUGACUUGGUGAGCCAGGAGCAGCACGGCCAGCAGCAGAAGUACCUGGGCGUGUGCCAGCUCCCAGGGCCAGGGAGGCGGCACCGACGCCUGGACAUUAUCGUCGUUCCCUACAGCGAGUUUGCCUGCGCCCUGCUCUACUUCACCGGCUCUGCCCACUUCAACCGCUCCAUGCGGGCGCUGGCCAAGACCAAGGGCAUGAGCCUCUCGGAGCAUGCCCUCAGCACGGCUGUGGUCCGGGACGCCCAUGGCCUCAAGGUGGGGCUUGGCCGGGUGCUGCCCACCCCCACCGAGAAGGAUGUCUUCAGGCUCUUAGGCCUGCCCUACCGAGAACCAGCUGAGCGGGACUGGUGACCCAUGGCUGGGGGAGGGGGUGUCAAGCGGGACCAUCCCUCCAGCCUCACCAGGCUGAACCUCACUACUUCAGCCACCACCUCCUCUGGCCUGAUGGAAAGGGCCAGCCAGCUUCCAGGGUCUGCCCAGCCCUCUCCCCGCCAGGAGCAGGCUGCUGCCCCGUCUGCCUCACCAUUGCCCCUGCCCCAUUUGAAGCAGGAGCUGGUGCCUGGUUUGAAGCGAGCUUCCUGUGCUAAAGGCCCAGGUGUCCCUAGAAGUGGGAUGGGGGCUGUGGGGAGAGGCACGCAGCUGUAGCCCAGCAUCACCUAAGACCCUUCAGAACAGGAGAAUGAGCCACUCCACGUGCCCUCCCUCUGGCCACCCCACUUCCUGUGCAGCUGGCAGUGUGGAGAAGAGGCACCCCAGGUUCAAUGAGGACCGCAUUUGAAGGCUAAGGGGCCCAGUAAAGUGCACUUGACAUUCAA